AUGAGGCCAUAGUUGCCUCAAAGUGACCACGGACCAAGCAGUGUGUCACGAAGAGACGAGGCCACCUCUGCUCCCCCGGGAAAGAAGAAACAGUCCUCUGAGAGCCAUCACCUUUGGGGGGUCCUCGAGGAGCCAAGGAUCGAAAAGAGCCUGUGUUCAAGACACCGGCCUUCCUGUGGAAGCGGACGGAGUGCAUGAGCGCCUCUCGACUAUGUCCGAGACGUCUUCCCACGACUCCUUCUACGACUCGCUCUCAGACCUGCUGGAGGAUGGCGAGAAUGCGGCCUUCUUCCCCGGGCUGUCGGCCUUCCUCAGCCAGGAGGAGAUCCACAAGAGUCUGGAUCUGGCCCGCAGGGCCAUAGCCAGCUCCGAGACGGACGACUGCGAGGAGGUCCCGCAGCACUGCAGCCCCUCGCCCAGGAGCCGCCGGAAGCCACCGGCCCCUCUGGAGGCCCGGCCGGGCGAGCGUGCGUCCCCAGGUAUACCUGGGGACCGCAGGCAGGUACCUGCCGCGCCUCCGCCAGCGGAGCAAGCCCAGCGCAUCUCCUCACCCGCAUCGCGGAGGAAGCCUGGAGUCUCGCCCCUGCUGGCCAGGCCCAGCUACAUCCGGAGCCUGCGCAAGGCUGGGAAGCAGGUGGCCAAGGCCCCCAGCACCACUGCCAAGCCCAGGGCUACGCGCCCCGGCAGGGCUGGCCCCCAGAGCCCGCUGAAUGACAAGGCGGCCACCCUCAUAGAGGAGCUGACCUCCAUCUUCCGAGAAGCUGCCAAGCCCAGAACCAGGAGCCCCGACGGGGAGUCCUCGUCCCCGGACAGCGGGUACCUGUCCCCUAAGAACCAGCCGUCAGACCCGAGGAGCGCCUCGGCCAGCCGGAGCCCCACCCGGGACCAGCAGGACGUCGAGGCCGAGGCCAGGCCCCCGGCACCCGGGCAUCUCCCCACCCGGGACAGGCAGGACGUGGAGGCUGGGGCCAGGCCCCCAGAGCCCAGGCAUCACCACCCCGUGGCCCAGGAUGUGGCCCGGCCCAGCCGCAGCCCCUCAUCCCCACCGCCCCGCAGCGCCCACCACCCACCAGCCGCUCCCCGGUUCAUCCAGAAGCUGCGGAGCCAAGAAGUGGCAGAAGGUAGUCGGGUCCACCUGGAGUGCAGAGUCACUGGGAACCCACCUCCUCGGGUCAGAUGGUUCUGUGAAGGGAGUGAGCUACACAGCAGUCCCGACAUCCAGAUCCUCUGGGACGGGGGCGACCUGCACACCCUGGUCAUUGCCGAGGCCUUCGAGGACGACACAGGACGCUACACCUGCCUGGCCGCAAACUCCAGUGGCUCCGACAGCACCUCCGCCGAGGUGUUCAUCGAAGGUGCCAGUUCAACAGACUCUGACAGUGAAAGUUUAGCUUUCAGAUCAAAACCUGGAGCCAUGCCACAAGCUCAGAAGAAAACCACUUCCGUGUCCUUGACCAUUGGAUCAUCAUCUCCAAAGUCAGGAGUGACCACAGCUGUGAUCCAGCCUCUGUCAGUCCCUGUUCAGCAGGCCCCCAGCCCCACCUUGUUCCUCUGCCGGCCGGAUGGACCCGCUGCCGCCUGCCUCCCGCCCGUCUUCACCAAGGAGCUGCAGAACAUCUGUGCGUCCGAGGGCCAGGUGGUCGUGCUGGAGUGCCGUGUGCGUGGCACACCCCCGCUGCAGGUCUGCUGGUUCCGACAAGGCAGCGAGAUCCAGGACUCACCGGACUUCCGGAUCUUGCAGAAAAAACCUCGAUCCACAGCUGAACCUGAGGAGAUCUGCACCCUGGUUAUCGCAGAGACAUUCCCCGAGGACGCUGGCAUCUUCACGUGCUCGGCCAGCAAUGAUUACGGCUCAGCAGCCAGCACUGCCCAGCUGGUGGUCACCUCAGCCAGCACAGACGCCUGCGGCUACGACUCAGCAGGAGAGUCCGGCAGUGGCCACUUCCCGCUGCCCUCUCCCCUAUGGGAGGCAAGCCCCUUCGAGCUGGUGGCGCAGAAGCCAGCAGAGGCCCCUCCCAAGAGCGGCCCUGAGUCGGGGCUGAGCUCUGCUUCCGACAGGGAAGCCACCUGUGUGCACCCCGCACGCGGAGUGAACGGAAUGGUGAAUGGCCGAGCUGAGGGCGGCACCGCUCUCCCCAGCCCGCCCGCCCUGCUGUCCCCCGUGAAGGAGCCCCCGCCUCUGCUCGCCAAGCCCAAGCUGGACGCACUCAGGAUCCAGCAGCUGCAGCAGCAGAUCCGCCGGGAGCGCGAGGCCCGCGCGCGCCCCUCGCCGCCCGCGUCCCCGGAGCCCCCGGAGUCGCGCGCGGAGCCCAUGAGCGCGCUGGCUGCCCGCCCCGCGCCCGCCAUGCAGGCCUCCAGCUCCUUCAGCUACGCGCGCCCCAAGCAGUUCAUUGCCGCCCAGAGCCUGAGCCCCAGCGCGCCCCGGUCCCCGGCGCCCGCGUCCCCGCCGACCUCUGAGCCCGAGUGGGGCGCGCUCCCGCCGCCGCCCCCGCCGCUCAGCCCGCCGGCGCUAGCCACAGGGCCCGACUUCUUCCCGCCGCCGCCGCCUCCUCCUCCACCCGGCCCGGGCCCCGCGCCCCGCGCCGCUCGCCCAGGCCCCGCGCCCGCAGCGCUGCUCCGCGCCCUGCUGCCCUCGCAGCCCGCCACCGCCACCACCGUCUCCACCGGGGUCUCCGCCCUCGGCCUGCCGCGCGCCGCCCCCGCUGCGGGGCUUCCCAAGAAGGCCAGCAGACCUGCCAGGAUGGCCUCCGACGAGGAGAUCCAGGGCUCCAAGGAUGCGGUCAUCCAGGACCUGGAACGCAAGCUGCGCUUCAAGGAGGACCUGCUGAACAACGGGCAGCCGAGGUUGACCUACGAAGAAAGGAUGGCUCGGCGGCUGCUGGGUGCCGACAGUGCGACUGUCUUCAACGUCCAGGAGCCAGAAGAGGAGGCGGCCAACCAGGACCCCUGGCCAUCUCGCGCUUCUGUAGAGAGCCCUCUGGACGGUCAAAAGGAGUACAAGGUCUCCAGCUGCGAGCAGAGGCUCAUCAGUGAAAUCGAGUACCGGCUGGAGCGGUCCCCCGUGGAGGAGUCAGGGGACGAGGCACCCUUUGGGGACACGUCUGUGGAGAGCGGAGUGGCCCCCUUCUUUGAGGUGAAGCUGAAGCAUUACAAGAUCUUUGAGGGUAUGCCUGCGACGUUCACGUGCAGAGUGGCCGGCAACCCAAAGCCCAAGAUUUACUGGUUUAAGGAUGGAAAGCAGAUCUCCCCCAAGAACGAUCACUACAGCAUCCGCAGCGACCCCAGCGGGACCUGCUCCCUGCACACCGCGGCCUCCACGCUGGAGGACGACGGCAAUUACACAGUCAUGGCCGCGAACCCUCAGGGCCGCGUCAGCUGCACAGGGCGGCUGAUGGUCCAGGCCGUGAACCAGAGAGGCCGCAGCCCCCGCCCGCCGGCCGGACACCCUCACGGCAGAAGGCCACGCUCAAGGUCCCGAGACAGUGCUGACGAAGGGGAGCCCAUCCAGGAGCGCUUCUUCCGCCCGCACUUCCUGCAGGCGCCCGGGGAUCUGACCGUGCAGGAAGGCAGGCUCUGCAGGAUGGACUGCAAGGUCAGUGGGCUGCCCACGCCCGAUCUCACCUGGCUGCUGGAUGGCAAGCCAGUGCGCCAGGACAGCGCCCACAAGAUGCUGGUACGGGAAAACGGCGUGCACUCCCUCGUCAUCGAGCCCGUCUCAGCCCGGGACGCCGGCAUCUACACGUGCGUGGCCACCAACCGGGCGGGGCAGAACUCCUUCUGCCUGGAGCUCGUGGUCGCAGCUAAGGAAGCGCACAAGCCACCGGUCUUUCUGGAGAAGCUGCAGAACACGGGUGUGGCGGACGGCUACCCCGUGAGGUUGGAGUGCCGGGUGUCGGGGGCACCCCCACCACAGAUAUUCUGGAAGAAGGAGAACGAGUCACUGACUCACAGCACGGACCGCGUGAGCAUGCACCAGGACCACCACGGCUACGUGUGCCUGCUCAUCCAGGGUGCCACAAAGGAUGACGCGGGCUGGUACACGGUGUCAGCCAAGAACGAGGCUGGGAUUGUGUCCUGCACAGCCCGACUCGACGUGUACACCCAGUGGCAGCAGCCACCGCCGAGCGCCAAGCCGAAGCGGGUGCGGCCGUCAGCCAGCCGCUACGCCGCGCUCUCCGACCAGGGCCUGGACAUCCGGGCGGCGUUCCAGCCCGAGGCCGGCCCGUCCGCGCUGGCGCUGAGCCCCGGCCUGGUGGAGAGCGAGGACCUGUGAUCGGCGCCCUCGCGGGAGCACAGACCCAAACCGCGCCACCCGGACCCGCCUCCUGCCGCGGGACGCAAGUGCACCUCGACUCCGAGAGACAAAAGGGCACCUCAACUCUCCUUUUCUUCCUGUAAACCAAAACAGAGGCUGUGCACACGACGCCAGUAGACGCACGCCUUGCACAGAAUUCACACUGAUCAGCCAAUUCAAACUCCGGGAGUCGCUGUGAUUUAAGGGGUCUGAAAAGCCAAAGCCCUCACGGAAAAGUGCCCCCGCUCCGUGUUGUCCUGAGUGCCUUCAACACUGGCUCAGCACUGCCACCCAGCGUGAGCGCGGGCGCUUCCCGGAGGCGGCCCCACAGCAGGAGGGCACGACCAAGAAACCCACGCAAGUGCCUUGUCUGUGCAAACCGUUUUCUACUAAGUCGUACGAAGGAACCACUUGCUGCAGUUCUAGCAACAUCCUGAGUUUCUGUCAAGGUUAAGACCUUCGUUGUUAGCUUUUUUUUUUAAUGUGUAUUUUCCUUUUGUGUUGCCUUGGUAGGGAGCUUACAUGCUGAAAUGCGUAACGUACUCUGAGGAAAGCAGAAACAGACCACAGACCAUUCCACGGAGGGCGUCUCGACCACCCAAGUGACCGCGGCAGGCGGGGCGUGUCGGGGGUGAGGGGCUAGGGAGGAGCAGAGGGGAGAAGGGCGAAAUGCAAGGUGCAUGUUGACGGUGUCCACGCAGAAGGCAGGGGGGCGGGAGCCAGUGGAGGCCAGGCUUCCCUUGGUUCUCUUCAAAUUCCAUCUACGACACUGCCGUUCCUAAGUCAGGGAGUUGGGGUUCCAGCGGUGGGGGACUCUCGGGACACCACAGGGUCGGAGCCGGAGCUGGGAUGCACAGAGCAAGUUGGUAAUGGGCUGAGCGGAGAGGUCGUCAGGGUCGGAGGCAGCCUGUGGGCACUCGUCUGCUGAGGGGCACAGGGCUGAGCUAGAGCCAGGUGGGCGCCAGCGUGCAUGUUCCCCACGGCGCCCGCGCGGCGGGUGGGAGCAUAAUUUCACUUCCCUGCAGCCAUGGGGCCUCUGACUGAAGAAGGUGCUGGGCUCCCAGUCAUCCCAAGGCCAUCCUGAGUGCCCCUGACCCUGGUCAGCUGGAUGGAGCGGAUUCUGACCAGACUUGACAGUUUUAAGUCGGAACCAAUCAACUUUAAAUAUGAGAAAAUGGGGCCUGCUAUGAUAUGAUAAUGGUACUUUGCUAUGAAGAGAACACACUGUAUUCCUUAUGCAAAACACAUUUAUCUUUCAUUAUUUAUGACAAAGAUGUCAAACUCUCUUAGCUCAGUUACUCGAUAUGUAGUAUUUUUUAAUGAUUUUGUACCUGUGUGCCCCCGUGUAGCCCAUUUCACUGUUUGACACGCACAGCUCUCCACUUCUUCUAGACACACCAAGCAAGUUCUGCGUGCCCAGUGUGAGCGCCGGUACCUGCAGCCUGGGCAGACUGGCACGCGAGGCUCUCCUGGACCUCUCUCUCUUGCAGAAUUAUGACUGAUGUCUUCUCAUACUUGCCAAAUUUUCCCGAAUGUGACGUUUUGCUGAUUUGCUGGGUUUGGGAUUAAGCAGCAUUAUUUUGCCACCUUUCAUGUAUUUAUAAAACAAUAAGUACUAUCCUGCUACUUUGGGUUGUUGUGCUGGUGUAAUGUGGAUUUAACAACAAUAAAUAUUUAACAAAUAAGA